UUCCGGUAUCAACUUCCUCAAACCUCUGAUGAGCUGCUGCUGCUCGACUCUGAGGUGCAUUCUUUUUUUGAUGAGAGGCAUCUCUAGGUACCAUCCCUGACCUGGUCCUCAUGCUGCCGAGGCUGUUGCUGUUGAUCUGUGCUCCACUCUGUGAACCUGCCGAUCUGUUGUUGAUAGCCAGCCCCUCCCAUCCCACAGAGGGGAGCCCAGUGACCCUGACGUGUAAGAUGCCCUUUCUACAGAGUUCAGAUGCCCAGUUCCAGUUCUGCUUCUUCAGAGACACCCGGGCCUUGGGCCCAGGCUGGAGCAGCUCCCCCAAGCUCCAGAUCGCUGCCAUGUGGAAAGAAGACACAGGGUCAUACUGGUGCGAGGCACAGACAAUGGCGUCCAAAGUCUUGAGGAGCAGGAGAUCCCAGAUAAAUGUUCACAGGGUCCCUGUUGCUGAUGUGAGCUUGGAGACUCAGCCCCCAGGAGGACAGGUGAUGGAGGGAGACAGGCUGGUCCUCAUCUGCUCAGUUGCUAUGGGCACAGGAGACAUCACCUUCCUUUGGUACAAAGGGGCUGUAGGUUUAAAUCUUCAGUCAAAGACCCAGCGUUCACUGACAGCAGAGUAUGAGAUUCCUUCAGUGAGGGAGAGUGAUGCUGAGCAAUAUUACUGUGUAGCUGAAAAUGGCUAUGGUCCCAGCCCCAGUGGGCUGGUGAGCAUCACUGUCAGAAUCCCGGUGUCUCGCCCAAUCCUCAUGCUCAGGGCUCCCAGGGCCCAGGCUGCAGUGGAGGAUGUGCUGGAGCUUCACUGUGAGGCCCUGAGAGGCUCUCCUCCGAUCCUGUACUGGUUUUAUCACGAGGAUAUCACCUUGGGGAGCAGGUCGGCCCCCUCUGGAGGAGGAGCCUCCUUCAACCUUUCCCUGACUGCAGAACAUUCUGGAAACUACUCCUGUGAGGCCAACAAUGGCCUGGGGGCCCAGCGCAGUGAGGCGGUGACACUCAACUUCACAGUGCCUACUGGGGCCAGAAGCAAUCAUCUUACCUCAGGAGUCAUUGAGGGGCUGCUCUGCACCCUUGGUCCAGCCACCGUGGCCUUGUUAUUUUGCUACGGCCUCAAAAGAAAAAUAGGAAGAUGUUCAGCCAGGGAUCCACUCAGGAGCCUUCCCAGCCCUCUACCCCAAGAGUUCACCUACCUCAACUCACCUACCCCAGGGCAGCUACAGCCUAUAUAUGAAAAUGUGAAUGUUGUAAGUGGGGAUGAGGUUUAUUCACUGGCGUACUAUAACCAGCCGGAGCAGGAAUCAGUAGCAGCAGAAACCCUGGGGACACAUAUGGAGGACAAGGUUUCCUUAGACAUCUAUUCCAGGCUGAGGAAAGCAAACAUUACAGAUGUGGACUAUGAAGAUGCUCUGUAAGGUUAUGGAAGAUUCUG